AACCUUUAGACAGCCAAUUAUACAAAUCAUCUUGGCCUUGGUCUGAGAAAAGAUAGAGAAAGCUCCUGUUUGUCUUCAACAAAUCAAGAAUGACGACGACGUGGAUGAUGAGAAGAGACAUUGUAAAUGUGUUGAUAGUAGUUGUGAUGGUGCUUUCUGAGAUCCAAACAUCCUUCUCGCAAAUCAAUAGACGAAGCUUCCCCAAGGGCUUUGUUUUUGGAACUGCCUCUUCAGCUUUCCAGUACGAAGGAGCUGUCAAAGAAGAUGGGAGGGGCCCCUCUGUGUGGGACACAUUUUCACAUUCAUUUGGUAUAACGGAUUUUAGCAACGCUGAUGUUGCUGUAGAUCAGUACCACCGAUAUAAUGAAGAUAUACAACUUAUGAAGGACAUGGGAAUGGAUGCCUAUAGGUUUUCUAUUUCUUGGUCUCGGAUAUACCCCAAUGGAACAGGGAAACUAAAUCAGGCUGGAGUUGAUCAUUACAACAAUCUCAUCAAUGCUUUACUUGCCAAAGGAAUUGAACCAUAUGUGACCCUUUAUCAUUGGGACCUUCCUCAAGCCUUGGCUGAUAGAUAUAAUGGAUGGCUUAGCCCCCAAAUCAUAAAGGACUUUGCGGUGUUUGCAGAAACAUGCUUUCAGAAAUUUGGUGACAGGGUGAAGCACUGGAUUACAUUCAAUGAACCCCAUACGUUUGCUAUACAAGGCUAUGAUGUGGGUCUCCAGGCACCGGGGCGCUGCUCGAUUCUUUUUCGGCUCUUUUGUCGAGCAGGAAACUCUGCAACUGAGCCUUACAUUGUUGCCCACAACACCCUCCUUUCCCAUGCUGCUGUUGUUGAUAUAUACAGAAACAAGUACAAGCGAAAACAACAUGGAGCCGUAGGGAUAGCAUUUGAUGUUAUGUGGUAUGAACCAGCAUCAAACUCUACCGACGACAUUGAAGCAGCUCAAAGAGCCCAAGAUUUUCAAUUUGGCUGGUUUAUUGACCCUUUGAUCUUUGGGGAUUAUCCGAGCUCCAUGAGAAGUCGAGUAAGAAGCAGGCUGCCAACAUUCUCCAAAUCUGAAGUCGCCCUUCUUAAGGGUUCACUGGAUUUUGUGGGCAUUAAUCACUAUACUACGUAUUAUGCCAGAAAGAAUUCAACUAAUAUCAUUAAUGUCUUGCUUAAUGACUCUGUAGCUGAUUCUGGCACCAUUACCCUUCCAUUUAAAGAUGGGAAGGCUAUCGGAGAUCGGGCGAAUUCUAUUUGGUUGUAUAUUGUACCAGAUGGUAUAAGAAGCUUAAUGAAUUACAUCAAACAGAAAUAUGGGAACCCUCUGGUCAUCAUCACUGAAAAUGGCAUGGAUGACGGAAACAGCCCGUUCACCUCUAUCAAAGAUGCUCUGAAGGACGAGAAACGGAUCAAGUACCAUAACGACUAUCUAACAAACUUGCUGGCUGCAAUCAAAGAAGAUGGUUGCAAUAUUAAAGGCUACUUUGCAUGGUCUUUGUUGGAUAACUGGGAGUGGGCAGCUGGAUACACUUCAAGAUUUGGUCUAUAUUUUGUGGAUUACAAGGACAAACUCAAGAGAUACCCUAAGAACUCUGUACAAUGGUUCAAAAAAUUCUUGGCUUCUGCUUGAUUUGUAUGGAGAAAGUACAAGGAACUGGAUCUUUACAUGAUUGUAUCCCCAAAACCACACCAUUUAUAAUUUAUUGUAGGUCGUUGAAUGGCAUGUUAUACUCUUCUUGGGACAUAUUACCCUCACAAGAUAUGUUUUAAAAAUAGUUUAUUUGCAUAGGCUCAGUUUGGAAAGGGAAAGACACAUGCAAUGCUUUUAUCUCAAGCAGUGUAUUUUUCCCUUUAUUAAUUUGUAUCCCAAAGGAAUAAAAAAUAAAAGGUGUCUUCUUUUAGUGGCUUGAUUAUUUAAGA